GAACCCAGGCGAGGGCAGUGCUGGGUAGGAGAGCCCGACCCGCUGUCCCUACCGGGCGGAGGCACCAUGGACUCACCCGCCAGGACCCCAGAUAGGGUCGGAAGCCCUGCCCGGCUGGCUGCAGCAACGCCCUGACACUCAGAGGACAGCCCAGGCGGGGCGAGCAACACCUGUCCCUAACAGCCAUGCACUUCGGCUGCUGCUCCCGGUCUCCCCCAUCCCCAGGUCCAAGAUGACACACAACAGCACCGGGGAGGUGCCCAGCUCCAUCCCCAAGGGGACCCUGGGGCUCUCCCUGGCCCUGGCAAGCCUCAUCGUCAUGGCCAACCUGCUCCUGGCCUUGGGCAUCGCCUGGGACCGCCGCCUGCGCAGCCUCCCUUCCGGCUGCUUCUUCCUGAGCCUGCUGCUGGCUGGGCUGCUCACGGGGCUGGCGCUGCCCAUGCUGCCCGGGCUGUGGAGCCAGAGUCGCCGGGGCUACUGGUCCUGCCUUCUCCUCUUCUUGGCGCCCAACUUCUCCUUCCUCUCCCUGCUCGCCAACCUCCUGCUGGUGCACGGCGAGCGCUCCAUGGCAGUCCUGCGGCCACUCCGGCCUCCUGGGAGCGCUCAGCUGGCCCUGCUCCUCACCUGGGCCGGCCCCCUGCUCUUUGCCAGCCUGCCGGCUCUGGGGUGGAACCACUGGACCCCUGGCACCAACUGCAGCUCCCAGGCCAUCUUCCCAGCCCCCUACCUCUACCUCGAAGUCUACGGGCUCCUGCUGCCUGCCGUGGGAGCCGCCGCCCUCCUCUCUGCCCAUGUGCUGGUCACCGCCCACCGCCAGCUGCAGGACAUCCGCCGGCUGGAGCGGGCAGUGUGCCGCGAGGCGCCCUCAGCCCUGGCCAGGGCCCUCACCUGGAGGCAGGCAAGGGCGCAGGCCGGAGCCACGCUGCUCUUCGGGCUGUGCUGGGGGCCCUACGUCGUCACCCUGCUCCUCUCAGUGCGGGCCUAUGAGCAGCGCCCAGCCCUGGGGCCCGGGACUCUGCUGUCCCUCCUCCCCCUGGGCAGCGCCAGUGCAGCGGCCGUGCCCGUGGCCAUGGGGCUGGGGGACCAGCGCUACACCGCCCCCUGGAGGGCAGCCGCGCGAAGGUGGCUGCAGAGACUGCGGCGAAGAGGCUCCCAGGGUGGGCCCGGGCCCAGUACUGCCUACCACACAAGCAGCCAAAGCAGCGUCGACCCAGACUUGAACUAGGGGAAGGGCCUGUGCGGACUCCUGCCAGAGCAUCCGCCAUCUCAGGCCCCAAGCCCAUCUCCACUGGUCCUCCUCUCUGGAUCAGAGUCCCUGUCCCUAUUUGACCCCACCCUGACCAAAUAAAGCUCCUCCAGCCGU